AUGGCAGAAAAUAGUGAAAAUAAUAGUAAAAAUGCAGAUGUAAGGCCCAAAACUAGUCGGAGUCAAAGUGCUGACAGAAAGGAUGGUUAUGUAUGGAGUGGAAAGAAGUUAUCUUGGUCAAAAAAGAGUGAAAGUUGUUCAGAUGCUGAAACAGUGAGUGCUAUAGAGAAAACUGAAGUUCCUUUAAGGAGCCAAGAAAGGAAGCACAGCUGUUCAUCUCUUGAGUUGGAUUUAGAUCAUUCCUGUGGGCAUAGAUUUUUAGGCCGAUCUCUUAAACAGAAACUGCAAGAUGCUGUGGGGCAGUGUUUUCCAAUAAAGAAUUGUAGUAGUCGGCACUCUUCAGGGCUUCCGUCUAAAAGAAAAAUUCAUAUCAGUGAACUCAUGUUAGAUAAGUGUCCUUUCCCACCUCGAUCAGAUUUAGCCUUUAGGUGGCAUUUUAUUAAACGACACACUGCUCCUAUAAGUCCCAAAUCAGAUGAAUGGGUAAGCACAGACUUGUCUCAGACUGAAUUGAGGGAUGGUCAACUAAAACAACAAAGAUACAUGGAAGAGGUCAACUGCUUCUCACAUACCAGUGUUCAGCCCUGUGUCAUAACCAAUAACGAUUCUUUGGGUAGAGGUGGUCCUGGGACUGGCUCUAUAAUGAACCUGGCUUCAAAUAACAGUAUAGAAGAGAGUGAUAUGGAUUCAGAUGAUGAAAUUAUAACACUUUGCACAAGUUCCAGGAAAAGAAACAAACCCAAAUGGGAAAUUGAUGAAGAAACCCUGCAACUGGAAACACCUCCUAAGUACCAUACCCAGAUUGAUUAUGUCCACUGUCUUGUACCAGACCUCCUUCAGAUCAAUAAUAAUCCAUGUUACUGGGGCGUUAUGGAUAAAUAUGCAGCUGAAGCUCUACUAGAAGAAAAACCAGAGGGUACCUUUUUACUGCGAGAUUCAGCACAGGAAGACUAUUUAUUCUCCGUUAGUUUUAGACGCUAUAGUCAUUCUCUUCAUGCUAGAAUUGAACAGUGGAAUCACAACUUUAGCUUUGAUGCACAUGAUCCUCGUGUCUUCCAUUCUCCUGACAUUACUGGGCUCCUAGAGCAUUAUAAGGACCCGAGUGCCUGUAUGUUCUUUGAACCACUUUUAUCCACUCCUUUAAUUCGGACUUUUCCCUUUCCCCUGCAGCAUAUAUGCAGAACAGUUAUUUGUAACUGUACAACUUAUGAUGGCAUUGAUGCCCUUCCAAUUCCUUCUUCCAUGAAAUUAUAUCUGAAAGAAUAUCACUAUAAAUCAAAAGUUAGAGUACUCAGGAUUGAUGCACCAGAACAACAAUGCUAA